AUGUCAGCCUUGCUGGACAUCAAGAGCAGCGUGCUCAGGCAGGUGCAGGUGUGCCCAUCCUUCCGCCGGAAGACAGAACAGGAACCUGAGAGCACAGACACACAGGAGCCCCCCACAGGGGCCUGGAAACCUGGGGAUGGUGUGGAGUUCUUCGCCCACAUGCGCCUCAUCCUGAAAAAGGGGGAUGGCAGACAAGGCCUUCCGUGCCCCGAGGUUCUUUUGCGCAGUGGUUCCCCCGCCCCUGCUGAGCCUGUGGACCCCAACCGUGGCCUGAGAGCCCUGACCCAGGAGGAGGUGGAGAUGCUCUACGAGGAGGCCUUAUACACAGUCCUGCACCGGGCAGGCACCAUGGGCCCCGACCAGGUAGAUGACGAGGAGGUCUUGCUAAACUACCUUCAGCAGGUGUUUGGCACCAGUUCUGAAGAACACAUGGAGGCCAUCGCGCGUGUGAAGAAAGCCAAGGCUCCCACAUAUGCCCUGAAAGUCUCUGUCAUGCGUGCCAAGAACCUUCUGGCUAAAGACCCCAAUGGCUUCAGUGACCCAUAUUGCAUGCUGGGCAUCCUGCCUGCCUCAAGUGCCCCACAGGAGUCGAGUGGGCAGAAGGAGCAGCGCUUUGGCUUCCGCAAGAGCAGCAAGCGUAGCAGCCCACUGCCUGCCAAGUGUAUCCAGGUCACUGAGGUCAAGAGCAGCACCCUGAAUCCUGUCUGGAAGGAGCACUUCCUCUUUGAAAUUGAGGAUGUCAACACAGACCAGCUGCACCUGGACAUCUGGGACCACGAUGAUGACGUAUCCCUGGCGGAAGCGUGCAGGAAACUGAAUGAAGUUAUUGGCCUGAAGGGCAUGAGCAGAUACUUCAAACAGAUUGUCAAGUCGGCCCGUGCAAAUGGGACAGCAGGGCCCACCGAGGACCACACUGACGAUUUCCUGGGAUGCCUCAACAUUCCUAUCAGGGAGGUGCCCGUGGCAGGUGCUGACCGCUGGUUUAAGCUGGAACCCCGCUCUAGUGCCUCCCGUGUGCAAGGAGACUGCCACCUGGUCCUCAAGCUGAUCACCACCCAGAGGGACACUGCUAUGAGCCAGCGUGGACGCUCCGGCUUCCUGUCCUACCUGCUGCUCCUCAGCCGUGUGCUGCGGUUUGAGCACCGAGUGGAGGAGCCCAACUCCAGCAGUUGGCGUGGCGAGCUUAGUGGACCUGGGACCACAGUCCUUUGUCUGCAUGGAGCCCAAAGCAAUCUGUCACCCUUGCAGCUGGCAGUGCUGCACUGGCAAGUCAGUAGCCGCCACCAUCAGUCACGCACCCUGGACUACGGCUACCUGCUGGGGCUGCUGGAAGAUGUGCAGGCGCACUGGGAGGAGGCGGCUUCCCUACCCCAGGAGCAGGAGGAGAGCCUAGCCGACAGCUUCUCUGCCUUCUCGCAGUUCGGGCUGAGGCUGCUGCGCCAGCUCCGAGUUUACUUCCCUGCCACCAACAGCACGGCUGUGUAUCGUUUGGGGCUGCUGCUGAAGUGCCUCGAGAAGGUACAGCUCUUCCAGCCAGUCUUCGCCGUCUGUCCCUUCGAGACAGAGCUCAACGUGGACAUAGCCGCGGCCCUGAAGCGGGGCAACCGGGAGUGGUACGACCAGCUCCUGAACACCAAGUGUCCUCGAGAGCAGCCUGGGCCGCAGCGCCUAGCGGGGCUUGUUGAGCUUGCAGACAUCAUCUACGAGGACUUGCAGUCCUGCUAUGGGGUCUACGCCAGCCUCUUCUACGGUAUCCUUAAGGUGGACUUCUUCACUCUUACCUUCCGGCAGCUGGAACGUCUGGUGGCUGAUGAGGCAUGGGUACUGACAGAGGAGCUGAGCCCCAAGAUGAACCUAGAGGUGGCCUCGGGGCUCUUUGAGCUCUACCUGACCCUGGCAGAUAUCCAGCGCUUCUGGAGCUACAUCCCUGGACGGGAAAGCCGCUCGCUAGCCCUGGCUGGCAUCCACACCCCGUUCCUGCCAGCCGUGAAGCUCUGGCUGCAUGUGCUGAGGGACCAGGCCAAGUGGCGCCUGCAGGGAGCUGUGGAUGUCGACACGCUGGAGCCUGUGGAUGCUGCCUCCAAACACAGCAGCUCCGCGGCCACCGCCAGCCUCUGCCUCACUCACAUCCAGGAGCUCUGGGUUCGCCUAGCCUGGCCUGACCCUGUCCAGGCCCAGGGACUAGGGACUCAGCUCAGCCAGGACAUGUGUGAGGCUUCCCUCUUCUACACGGAACUGCUGAGGAAGAAGGUGGACACCCAGCCCGGGGCUGCUGGUGAGGCUGUGAGUGAGCAGCUCUGUGUGGUCCUCAACAACGUGGAGUUGGUACGCAGAGCUGCGGGACAGGCACUGAGAGGCCUGACAUGGCCUGAGGGGGCCAGCGGGCUGGAUGGAGGGCUCCCCCGCCCUCUGCUCAGCUGCUUGCAGGCCCUGGAUGAAGAUCUCCAGCGGGAGGCCCACACCGUGACAGCACAUCUGACUUCCAAGAUGGUGGCAGACAUCAGGAAGUUUGUACAGCACAUCAGUCUGUCCCCUGACUCCAUUCAGAACGAUGAGGCUGUAGCCCCACUCCUGAAGUAUCUGGAUGAGAAGCUGGCCUUGCUGAAUGACUCGCUGGUGAAGGAGAACCUGAACAGGGUGCUGGAGGCCCUCUGGGAGCUGCUUCUGCAGGCCAUUCUGCAGGCAUUGAGUGCAAACAGAGAUGUCUCUGCUGACUUCUAUGGACGCUUCCACUUCACACUUGAGGCUCUGGUCAGUUUCUUCCAUGCUGAGGGCCAGGGGCUGCCCCUGGAGAACCUGAGGGAUGGGAGCUACAAGAGGCUGGAAGAAGAGCUGCGGCUGCACAAAUGCUCCACCCGAGAGUGCAUCGAGCAGUUUUACCUGGACAAGCUCAAACAGAGGUCUCUGGAGCAGAACCGGUUUGGGCGCCUGACUGUCCGAUGCCAUUAUGAAGCAGCUGAGCAGCGGCUAGCUGUGGAGGUGCUGCACGCAGCCGAUCUCCUGCCCUUGGAUGCCAAUGGCCUGAGUGACCCCUUCGUGAUAGUGGAGCUUGGCCCACCACACCUCUUCCCACUGGUCCGCAGCCAGAGGACCCAAGUCAAAGCCCGGACAUUGCACCCAGUGUAUGACGAGCUCUUCCACUUCUCUGUGCCCGCAGAGGCAUGCCGCCGCCGCGGGGCCUGUGUGCUGUUCACGGUUAUGGACCACGACUGGCUGUCUACCAAUGACUUUGCUGGGGAGGCGGCCCUUGGCCUAGGUGGUGUCAGUGGCAUCGCAAGGCCACACGUGGGAGGGGGCAUGAGACCUGGGCAGCCCAUCACACUACACCUGCGCAGGCCCAGAGCUCAGGUGAGGUCUGCACUGCGGAUGCUGGAAGGCCGCUCCAACAAAGAGGCCCAGGAGUUUGUCAAGAAACUCAAGGAGCUGGAGAAGUGUAUGGAGGCUGACCUCUGA